UUCAUCAAAUCCAUUAUCCCACCCAAAUUUCAUUGUCUCGACUUUCCAAAAAUGGCUUCUUCUUUAGGCUUGUUUUUCAUCUUCUUCAUUGCCAUUCUUGUAUCAGCCUCCCAUGCUCAAGAUGGCUUCAAUCUUCCCAUUCGAAAAGACCCGAAAAUGAUGCAGUACUACACCACCGUUCGAGUGGGUAGCACCCGCGCGGUGGUGAACGCUGUCAUCGACCUCGGGGGAGAGUACCUGUGGUUCAACUGCGACAACUACACGUCAUCCACAUUCGCUCCGGUUCCUUGUGGCUCGCAGCAAUGCGGGACCGUUAAGGGCGUCGGGUGCGUCGGGUGCAACAAUUCGCCCCCGCGCCCCGGGUGCACGAACGACACCUGCGGCGCCUCGGUCUACAACCCGUUCCAAGACGUUCUUGUCUCUCAAGGUUACGAGCUCGACACGCUUUUCGCGGACAACGGCGACCAACUUGCCCGGUUCCCUUACGCGUGCAUGAACACGCGUUUCUCCGAGGGCCUGGCGAGGGGUGCCAGCGGAGUGCUGGGCCUCGCCAGGACCAACAUUUCUCUGCACAAAAUAGUCGCUGACACGUUCGGUCUCCCAGACAAGUUCUCCGUGUGUCUCCCCUCCUCGGGACGACUGGGAAGACUAAACAUCGGUGGGGAGUUCUCAAGCGUGGCAAAAUCGCUCGUCUCCACGCCUCUCGUCGUAAACCCGAUGAGCACGGCCGCGAGCUUCACGGUCGGCGACCCGUCUGACGAGUACUUCAUCAAUGUCGAGUCGAUCAAAGUCAACGGUCAACCUCUCUCGUCGGUCAAAAGCUUGUACUUCUCGAUCGACAAAAACGGGGUCGGGGGCACGAAAAUCAGCACGCGCAACAACUUCACCGCCCUCCACUCCUCGAUAUACAAACCCCUGACGCGGGCAUUCGUGAAGGCGGCCUCCGACGCAGGGAUGAGAACCGCCGACAACGUGAAGCACGCUCUGUUCAGAGCGUGCUUCGACUCGGCCACCGUGGGGCCCUCGGUGCCCGUGAUCGAGCUAGUCUUGCCCGGGAACGGGGUCUCGUGGAAGAUCCACGGGGCAAACUCGAUGUACGCGGUGAGCAAGAGUGUGAUGUGCCUGGCAUUUGUGGAUGGGGGAUCAAAGCCAAGAACUUCAGUUGUGAUUGGGGCAUAUCAACUUGAGGAUAAUUUGGUUGAGUUUGAUCUUGUCUCUUCUCAGCUUCGUUUUAGCUCUUCUCUUCUUUUGCAGAACAAGAGCUGUUCCCGCCUUUGAACGACAGGCUCACAUGAUACAUGCCGGCUUUGGAAAAUAGCUUUUCGGAUAGAUUUUUGCAUCUUUGACUGACUUUGGCUUUUUUGAUUUA